UUAAGUUUAACUAAAAAAAAAAGUCAAAAUCAGAACUAGGGCUCGAAAUCGAACACUCGUCUACCGUUCAAAUAAUCUCCGGCGACGACAGUACGACACCGCUCUCGAAUUGCAGGUGGUUGCAUAGGUAAAUCUGCCAAACGACUGGCAUAAUGGUCCAUUUGUUUCUUUCUGAACCAGACUGGAGUUUCGAUGGAGAUGAUGAUUCUUUUAAACAGAGAGUAUCUCUCUUGAAUGACCUAGAGGGUAUAAUGCGCAUAUUGAUUGCAUCUCAAAGUCGAUCAGAGGCACGGUUUUGGCUUUGCAAUGAUAUUUCAGGGAUAAGUUCUUUAUCUAGCCGGCAACAACGUGAGCUAUUUAUGAACCUAUUGCAAACCAGUUCACAGAAGAAGGACCUAGCAGCUCAGCUUUUGCAGAUGAUUUUUCAGAAACAGCCAAGAAAGGCAGGGUCUAUUCUAGCUAAGAAAAGCCACAUGCUAGAGGAUUUCUUUAGAGGAAAUCCAAGACGUAUUUUGCAUUGGUUCUCUAAUUUUUCUGGCACUAGUGAUAUGGAGCAUAGAAAAGGGGCAAAAGCUUUAUCCCAGUUUGCCUUUGUGAAUCGUGACAUCUGUUGGGAGGAGCUUGAAUGGAAAGGCAAGCACGGGCAAUCCCCUGCCAUGGUGGCAACGAAGCCUCAUUACUUCCUCGAUCUUGAUGUAGAACAAACAGUUGAAAAUUUUCUUGAAAAUGUGCCAGAGUUUUGGUCAUCUCAUGAGUUUGCCAACACAUUAGAAGAUGGUGACAUUUUGUGUUUGGAUAUGAAAUUUUUCGUAAAUAGGUUUGUGAAAUUAAUGUACAAAGAAGAUAUGGAGGAGAUAUGGAAAGUCAUCAACGAGUUCCUAAUGGAAGAAGCGUUCUCAUCCUUAUGUUGCCACCUUCUAAUUGCUCUUACCGAGCGGGAACUCUGUUUUUUUCUGGAUUUGCUUCAAGAAUCACUCAACCUGGACAUCAAACCUAAAGUUUUUGGCGACAGGUGUCAGUAUUUGGAGGUCAUACUUUCAAGAUACAGUGGUUCAGAUUCAAUGGAUGAACUACUUCUAUUGAAUGCAGUUAUAAAUCGAGGGCGCCAAGUAGUGCAACUUCUACAAGACGACGAACACAAGGAUGAAAAGUUACAAAUCAAGGAUAUUGUGCAAAAGAUAUUUAAAAUGCCAGCAAAUCCUGAUGGUUUAGUCCCUCUAAUUAAACAAUGUUCCAAUAAAAAGAGCACAUCUUCGAUAAAAUUAUUAGCGUUGCACUCUUGGGCUUUACAUUACUUCUUGACAGAGGAAUAUGGGCCUCCUGAAGCUUGGGAAUCUUUGUUUAGCAGCAACGGAGUAAGUUUUCGUCACUCGGGCAAGCAUGAAUUGUUGCAUCAUAAUGGUUUACCAGAUGACAGUGACUCGGAAUCAGAUGGUAGGCUCUCUUCAAGCUCGAAACGCAAGAAGAAACGAAAUCAUAGAAAGAAAAGAAGAAAAAGUUCCACCCUUGAUGACAGCAAUGAUGAUGAUCUUUUGGAUUUAGAUUUCUUGUAUGAUAAGAUGGAUCGUCAAUCCAAGCCUAGUUAUUGGUUACUCUCUACUGAUGGAUAUUCUACUUCAUGGAGUAGUGUUGAUUUACCAGAACAUUUAUCAAAGCAUUGUUUUUCAACUUGGAUGAAGUGGGGAUUUUCCAGAUAGGGAGAUCCGGCUCGAUAAAAUUUAGAUGGAUUCAUUUCUAUUUAUCUAAGACAUACAGAAUGGAACUGAGGGAGUUUUACGUAAUCAUUUCAUUCCAACAAAGAUGUUUCUGACGGGUGUACGGCCAUCAAAAAGUUAAGGUCUUGACAUUGUUUUGUCAUAUUAGAGGCAUGCUACCGAUUUGCUGGAGCCUCUGCUUUUGUGUUUAGAUAACUCAAAGCUUCUACUUAUAUGGAUAUCAUGCGUUCGUUGUGAUGCUAUGAGCAUAUACUUACAUUUUUAGAGAAACAUUCUGUAUUGCAGCCUAUGAAAGUUUCAGGCAACACCUGGUGACACCACAACGAUCCAUGCCUAGAGAUUGAAUGUGGGAAGGUAACUUCAAUAAGCAUUAUUACCUACACGGCUACACACAUAUCGACAAAGAUUGCCAGCGAACUGUUGCUAUAAAAAGCACAUGGUGGUUUCUAUUUCUCUUGAAUUUGGUGCUCGAGGCACACCCCAUUUGGAUGUGUGUACAUUAAGAUGGAAUGGAGUUCGGCUUGAUUCUUUAUCCUGUUAGUCUGUUAGGUUUCAUUUUUUUCUGAUAUAACUGGAUGGGUCCCAUUUAAUUCCUUUACAAUAAGAAUUUGACAUUCUCUGAUAUUUGUAAAAUAUCUUGUUCCUUCAGACAUAUAUUCAUUGGAAUAUAUUAUUUGCACAAGUCCCCUUAUUGUAUCA